AUGAUGACGCUCGACCGGGCUCUAGAAUUGACGCAAGAUCUCAGCGGGCUGGCGUUUUCGUCCUUCUUGUUCGUCCAUCUGGCCUCACCGAUAGGAGCGGCGAUAGUUGGCCGCGGAGGGAGCAGCGAGUCGGUGGCCUCGAGUAUCCAGCUGGCCGGACGGGUGGUCUAUCGGGAUGGACGGCUGCGGGAGGCGCUCCUGGUCUGGAUCCCCUUGGGCACCCACUUGGUCGUCGGCCUCGUCCGGCGUGUCACUCGGCUCAACCGCCAGCGACGGAUCCGCGCCCAGCUCGAACUUCGUGCACAGCUCGCCGAGGGCCUGCCUCCCCCCGGCAGACGAGCUCGGGCGAUCCCCAAACAGUCAAACUUCCAAUGGCUCAAGAGCUAUUUACCAACCACCGCACACGCCAUCGCCGGAUAUAUCGCCAUCCCUCUCCUGCUCGACCACAUCCUCUCCCAUCGUCUCAACGCGAGCCCCUCCCUUCGAUCCUUCCAAUUCGUCGGCUUCAAUCUGCAACAAUCUCCCCUCAUCGCCUCGAUCAAGUAUGCCGCUCUCCUCUCCACAUCUCUCUACCAUAGUUUGGUCGGGCUCGAUCAAGUCUUUUCUAGACUCGCCCCAUCUAAUCUGUCCAAGCGCAAGUCGAUCUCCGAGUCGCAAUCCUCACUCUACGUCUGUCUCGGCUGGGUAGGCAUCGUCGGCACCGUCGGCUUAGGCAUCCGGAAGCUCGCGCGCGAACCAAUCCCCUUAUGGAUGGCAAGGAGAUACCAAUGA